UACAAAACGGAUUCCGAUGAGGACGUGGUGUUUGUUUCUGAAAGGUCUGCACCUAAACCCGUAGAGAUUACCGUCAACCUGGAGAAGCUACUGGCUCUGCAGAGGGACAUUGAUGAGCAGUCCCAGCCCACACAGCCAGCCAAACCUCUGACAAUCCGCUCGAUCAGUGCUGGAGCAAAGAUGGAGGGGGAGAACGGCGAGGCAAAUAUAAUAAAGACGGAGAAAAAGCAGAAGAGAGAACAAAUAAGUUCACUAGAAAUCCAAAUCUGUGCAGCUGAGAACGGGAGCCAAGCCAAGAUUAAAAAGAAAAGGAAAAAAGUAGAAACGGUGGCAAAAGAAAAGGAGGAUGAAGUCGAUCAGAAGAAAGACAAGAAAAAAGCGAAAAGGAAGAAACAUGAUGGUGUUUCUUCAACUAUUGAAACGGAUGACGGCGAUAAGAGGAAGAAGAAGCCGGCAGGAGACGGUGUAAUUCAAACAGAAAACAUUACCUUGAAGGCUGGAAAAUUGGAGAAGGAGAAAAGGAAAGAGGAGAAACUCAAGGACAAACGUGUACAAAUCAAACCAGAAGAUAUGAAGGUAGAAGAAGACGAGGAAAUGCUGAUCAGAAGUAAUAAUCGCAAGAAACCCAAGAAAGGAAAAGGCAAACUUUUAGUUUUCCUUGAGAAGAAACUCGAGGAAAAAUGUGUGCAAGUCAAACCAGAAAAUAUGAAGGUAGAAGAAGACGAGGAAAUGCCAAUCAGAAGUAAUAAUCGCAAGAAGCAAAAAGGCAAGGUUUUAGUUUCGAGGACAGCUGAGACUAAAUUGGUAGUUGUAGAAAAGAAAAAGAAAACUCCUGCAAUUACUAAUGGAGUUGGUGAAACAAAAGCAAAAAAGAAAGCAAAAGUGCUGGAAAAUGGGAUAAAAGUGGAAAAAAAAGAGACAGAGGACAGCAAGGUGAAAUUAAAAAGGAAGAAAGAGAAGGAGAGUAAAUCUGAGGGAAACGAAAUCAAAGCAAAGAGGAAAAAGUCGACAGAGGACGAGGAAAUUCUCCCAAAGAAAAAAAACAAGUUAAAAAACAAAGAGAUUGCUGUAGAGGAAGAUGUAAGCGAGGUAAAGAUCAAAAAGAAAACAAAGAGUAAAAAAGCCAAAGAGGAAGAUGGAAACGUAGAAGCAGAGGAGAUGGAGCCACAGAAGAAGAAAAGGAAAAGAGUGAAGGAGGAAGAGGAUGUGGAGGACAGCAUCGCUCUGGCUGCUGAGCCGCAGAGCAAGAAGAGCAAAAAGAAGAAAAACUUGGCUAAAGAAGGUCAGGACGUGAACACCGAGGCCAAGGCUACGGGGAAAAAGAAGAAAAAAAACAAAGAAGAGCAGGUAGACUCACAGGACUUUCCCAAAGGCGAUGUGGUUUUCCUGUCAGCAAAGCCCGGAAACAGCGAUGAGGUCGCCAUUAAUCAGGAGAGAAGAAAAGCUCUUCAAAUGGAGAUUGAGGAGGCUUCCCAACCUCAUAAACCGGAUAAACCUGCAGGUUUGGGUCAGUGGAGUACCGCUCAGUUCGACAGCUCCCAACAACAGCAGAAGUUCCUGCGACUGAUGGGCGGCUUCAAGAAGGGCUUCCAGCCGGCCAGGGCCGCGGCUGGAGGAGCCAACAUGGCGCUGGGGAAGGACGCGCAGCAGCAUCUGCAGCAAGGACUUCUGAGACAGUUUGAGCGAGCACACGCACAGAAAAUGGACUUCAGCAGCAGAGGGGCGGGACUUGGGUUUACGGCGCCCUCCCAUAAGAAGUUCUCCAUCGACAUCAAUGCGUCUCGAUCCGUCCGCUUUGAUGACUAACUACGGAGGUCGGCAUUUUUGUACUUCCGGAGUAUUGAUUCAACUGGAGGCUGUAGUUUAUAACUCAAAGUGUAUAAAAUGACAUUUUAUGAACGAGAAAUAUGCAAACUGUAUGUUGUGUAGCGUUCAUACCAGUUUUAGGAUAGUUGACUGUCACGGUUUUGUAAAUUUCUCUGAAGACAUUGUGAUGAUUAUUUUAAAUUCUCAACAAUCUUUCAGUUUCAACUUUUUUUUUUCCAUUCGACAAUGUGUUAUACACCUAAAUUGGUUUUAAUUUUUUUUAAGGUUAAAAAUGGAAUGGUUUGAAAGCCUUUCAAAUAGAUGUGAAUGUCUGGACACACUGGGCUGAGCAGCAACUUGACUAGCAGCUGACAUUCAAUAAAAAAGUCACAAGCAAA